UUAUGACGGCCGUCAGUCUCCAUUUUCGAAGUUUGACAGACCAGCAGAAAAUUUUUUUUGGUGUCACUCGGAAUUUGUUCUUUGAUUUCUAUCAUUAAAUGGGUGGAAUAUGAACAAAAAUAAUCUUUAAUUUUUUAAUUGAAUUUAAAAGAAAAAUAUCCCGAUUUGUCGGCUUGGAGUGUCCAAGACUUAUUCAAUAUGAUUGGCGGAUUGUUUGUGUACAAUCACAAGGGUGAAGUUCUGAUUUCGCGCGUCUACAGGGAUGACAUUGGGCGGAACGCGGUUGACGCUUUUCGUGUUAACGUCAUUCAUGCUAGACAACAGGUUCGGUCGCCAGUAACCAAUAUUGCUCGUACCAGCUUCUUUCAUAUCAAGCGAGCAAAUAUUUGGCUGGCGGCAGUUACCAAACAAAAUGUGAAUGCAGCUAUGGUUUUCGAAUUUUUGUUGAAAAUCAUUGAUGUCAUGCAAUCGUACUUCGGCAAGAUAUCCGAGGAGAAUAUCAAAAAUAAUUUCGUUCUCAUUUACGAAUUGUUGGAUGAAAUUCUUGAUUUCGGCUAUCCACAAAACACGGACACUGGUGUUUUGAAGACAUUCAUUACUCAGCAAGGAAUCAAAUCGGCUACGAAGGAAGAGCAAGCUCAGAUCACUUCUCAAGUAACUGGUCAAAUUGGAUGGCGUCGUGAAGGAAUCAAAUACCGUCGGAAUGAAUUGUUCCUUGACGUAUUGGAAUACGUGAAUUUGUUGAUGAGCCCACAGGGACAAGUACUAUCAGCUCAUGUUGCUGGCAAAGUUGUCGUUAAAUCGUAUUUGUCCGGAAUGCCGGAAUGUAAAUUCGGAAUCAAUGACAAAAUUGUUAUGGAAGCCAAGGGUCGCGGUGGCAUUUCUGGAAGCACCGAAGCGGAAACAUCACGUUCCGGUAAACCCGUCGUUGUUAUCGAUGAUUGCCAAUUUCAUCAGUGUGUCAAAUUGAGCAAAUUUGAAACGGAACAUUCGAUUAGUUUCAUUCCACCGGAUGGUGAAUUCGAACUGAUGCGUUAUCGUACCACAAAAGAUAUUUCGUUGCCAUUCCGUGUUAUUCCGUUGGUCAGAGAAGUUGGUCGAACGAAGAUGGAAGUUAAGGUCGUUUUGAAGUCCAACUUUAAACCAUCGCUACUCGGGCAGAAAAUUGAAGUGAAAAUUCCAACGCCGUUGAAUACAUCUGGUGUACAGUUGAUUUGCUUGAAAGGAAAGGCAAAAUAUAAGGCGUCCGAAAAUGCUAUUGUUUGGAAGAUCAAACGAAUGGCUGGAAUGAAGGAAACUCAACUGUCGGCUGAAAUUGAAUUGCUCGAAACUGACACGAAAAAGAAAUGGACUCGGCCUCCGAUUUCGAUGAACUUCGAGGUUCCAUUCGCUCCAUCUGGAUUCAAGGUUCGCUAUUUGAAAGUAUUCGAGCCGAAACUUAACUAUUCCGAUCACGAUGUCAUUAAGUGGGUGCGAUACAUUGGACGCAGUGGACUGUACGAAACGAGAUGCUAAGUUUAGAGUGGUUUUUAUUGGAUGGCCGGAGAGAAUAUAUGAUAAAAUGUUCCGGUAACUUGCACACACAAACACAACCAUUCAAUGUAAAACAUUUGAUAAAAAUCGAAUAAAAAUAACUUUGAGCAUCUCAUUGCAAGGCAAAAAUUUGAUGAAUGAAACAAAUGAUUAAAAUAUUUGAUGACAAACAAAAUCUCAUUUAAAGUUUAAAAUAGGAAAUUUAAGCUAAAAAUCAUUACAAUAUUAUACAUUUAUUCCAAACGUGGCGGACAGUGUAUGUACCCCAUUGUCCUAAUUUCCCACUACACUAAAAUCUAUUAUUGUAAACAGUGUUAUUGAUGUAGUGUCACAUACAUUGAAUAAAUUGUAGCUUUAUGAUUAUAA